CUCCUGAAUCAACUUCCAGCAAACCACAGCACUCUUCACUGGAGCUCACAGUUUGUGUCUCAUCCUGAUCUGUGCUCUGCUCACUUCUGCAGCCAUGACUGAACUGGAGAAAUCCAUGGAGUCCAUGAUCGUCGUCUUCCACCGUUACGCCAAAGAGGGUGGAAAUAAAACCACCUUGAGCAAGAAGGAACUGAAAAAACUGAUUGAGAACGAGUUGCCCAGCUUCCUGAAGAGCCAGAAAAGCUCCGACACCGUGGAGCGGAUCAUCAAAGAUCUGGACGAAAACAAAGACGACGAGUUGGAUUUCGAGGAGUUCUUACCCUUCGUCGCCGGCAUCACCAUCGCCUGUGAAAAACAUUUUGAUUUGUGUCAGGAGCAGAAGGGCAAGAAGUGAAGCGUUAACAGAAGACACUGAUGAGGAUUUGUUUUAGAUGAACACGUAUAUACUGUAUGGCAAAUCCACAUUAAAAGAUAACCUUUGACACUUUGUUUACUCUUUAAAAAUAAAAAAACAAAAAGGG